ACGAAAAAUGGCGGACUGUCUUGCAGAUUUUGAAAGUGUAUAAAGUGCUUCUUUAAUUUGACGCUUCCAUGGCUGACGGAUUUGGUGCAAUUACGUGGUGGGGAUUUAGCCCAGCUCUUGAUCUGCAGGACAGAUAUCAGUCUUUAGCUUCCAAGAUUAAAAAUUUGAACAUCUCAGAGUCAAAUGGUGCCAAAAAACGAGGAAAAUGUAAUAUCCUUCUGAUAGGAGCAGGUGAUUGUCGACACAUUCUAAAGACCAUUGCACAUACCUACAGACAUGAGAGGAGAGAACUUUGUAUCUGUGUUGUUGAGAAUAAUCUUGAGAUUUAUGCAAGACAUCUUUUGCUUUUGUCCAUUGCACUGGAACCAAAAGAAAGACUUGGCUUGCAAGAAAAGACAGAGUUGUUUCUUGAGCUGUUUGGGAACAGUCUUGUGAGACCACAAGCCAGUGAGUACUUGCAGCAAAAGUCAUCUGAAUUUAUCAGGAUGGUCACGGAUUCUGAUUACCUUGAAGCUCACCUUCCAGUGUUCAACUUUUCACAGCUGAAGUUUAAAGAAAGAGAUCAGCUGGAGAGCAUAUUUAAAUUCUGGAGAAAUUCAGAUCCCAAAAUAUUUGACAUCUGCAGACACUGGGAUGAGAGGUUGAGGCAGUACCUCGCUGUUCGCUAUGACUCUAGGGAGAAUAUUUAUGACUGGGACUACAGUAUGAAAUUGUCCAAAAAGGCAUCAAUUAUCAAUAGUCGUGAGUACAAGAGUUGGCGGGAACAGGGCGUAGCGUUUGAGUUACGAAGUGACUCCACUUAUGAAGUUACCAACAGGACUUUGGCUUCUGGUAUCAUCAUUAAAAAGGAUGGAGAGAGAGUUGCUCGCAGAGGUUACUGGGGAGACAUAAUCAACAGUCCAUAUUUAGCUUUUGGUACUGAAAGUGAAGAGGAAUUUCUUUUUCAAACGUCGAAUGGACAGCAUGUUAGAACAGCAACAAACGUCUCUGAAUACAACAUCACGGCUCUCAUGCAUGAAAUAUUAACAGGAGAAAAAUAUAUCCCGCCAAAAAUUGAGGAUGAAAAGGAAAGAAAGAAAGAGAUGGCUACUUUACAGGAAAUUAGGGAAGAAGAGAUUGAAUCGGAUCAAAUGGGAAAUACGAAAGACGGAGAUACGCCAAAAGAAACUGUACAUGCGACGCAAGGGUACAUGGAGUGUCCUGAUGUCAAAGUCACUUUUCUGCCGCUGAAUUGUGUUCCGGAUCUCUCUAAGAAAAGCAAAUACAACAAGCUAUUUGACGUCAUUUAUUUUUCAAACAGUAUGGUACACUUACUGACACCCGAGGUGAAAGAAAUUUUUUCUGACGAAGCUGUUAUUAUCGCUGAAACAACUAAGUUCAUGUUGGAUCUUAAACCGGAACAAAUGCAGGAAUACAUGAAAAAGAUAACUUCAAUGGCUGUGAGUGCUGGAUGCAAGGCGGUAGACCACGCUGAUGGAGAAAAAGACGCUCACGCCUUCUUCACUUUUCAAAGAUAACCUUCACCGACUGAAGUCUUCUUGAUUUAGAGACUUACCUAACUGGGCUCACGUUACACAGCAUACUUUUUGUAAUAUUUGUUACGGCCUCCGGCUAGAGCUCUGAACGGGUCUGGCACUGAUAACCUCAUUUUUAGCGCUAGACCUCCACCACACCUCUUCCCGAGACCCUCACGCGUCUCAGAUCUUCCUGCUGGCGGAGAAACGCAUGUCCUGCAGCACGCAGGCUUGUUUUAAAGAGACUUGGGGCCAGAGGCCCACUGACUGCGUGAAACAGUGGUUUGGGUUAUACCUCGUGUAAAUAACUGGCCCUUAGUGUUUCUGCUGUGAUACCGGAUAUUUCUAUUUAUUUUGCGGACAAGAACUGUAAUAAAAUUGGUAGAGUGUUUAGUUUUUUCCCGCAUGCAAAUUUUGCUGGAUCAUAGUUUAAAGAAGGAUGAUAUUCCGCUGUCAAGUAGAAUUGCAACUAGUCAAUAAGAUCUUAAUAGUAUACUUUGUUCGCUACUUUAAACAUGGCACUCUCGCAGAAAGCGAAAUUCACGAGUCGAUUGAAAAAGAUUUCCAGCCCGGGUAAAAAAGGGUCUCGACUCGAGAAUCUUUCGACCUCUUGUGUCCAUUGUAUGUUCCCGCGCAUUUGCAAUAAACUGUUUUAUUGUG